CUGCCCGUCCACAGGCCAUGAAAUUAGCAGCCGUCCCAGCUGCCCUGGGUCUGGCCUCAUUUCGAGUUUACGCCAUGAGUGAAGAGACGACAGGGCAGCUGGUCUCACCACGAGAGUUAUCUAUCUAUGCACCGGAGCCUGCUGCCAUGCACUAUGUGGAGGAGCAGCCAGGUCUGCUACAGAGUGGCCUUGGGGUGGUGAGAGUGGGUCUGCAGCCAUAUGUCAGAGCAGCGCAGAGUGCGUAUGCCUCAGUCAAAGUUGGAGUCAUAUCGUUGUAUCAGGCAGGGCAAGAUACAUACCACUUCCUGAGAGACCCGCCCCCUGGUUUCCUGCCGAGAGUGGGUGUGAUCACUGUCUCUGGAUUGGCUGGUCUCAUCCUGGCACGCAAAGGGUCUCGACUGAAGAGGGUGGUAGUUCCUUUGGGUUUGACCACCGUUGGGACAGCUGUGUGUUACCCCACACAAACUGUAGGAGUCUUAAAGUUGACGGGUAAGAAGGUGUACUCUGUCAGCUCAUCUGUAGCCUCUGUGUUCAAGUCAAAACCAAAAGAAGACAUUAUUUCUCCUGCUGCUAGCCUUGAGCCAGCAACGCCUGCAGCUCCAGUGUCAGACCCUGAGGUACCUCCUGCUAAAGCUGUACCUGAACCAGAAUCUUCAGAGCCAAGUCCUGUAGAACCUGCGCUGGAGGCAGUGCCUCCUGAUACACCUCCCACCCCUGAGUUGGUCCCUGCCUCUACGGAGAGCCCUCCACUCGCAGAGGCAGAGCCAGAAAUUACGCCCGAGUCUAAGGUCACCGCCGUGCCUGAGCUUGCCCCAACGGAAGCUACCCCAACAGAAACUACCCCCGUGUCUGAUGUUGCCCCUGGAGAGGUCGGACUUGAGCCAGUUAACGACCUCGCUCCAGAAUCUGCCUCAGAACCUGUACCUGUGGAUCAGCCCUCCGCUGUCCCAGAGCCUCCCGGAGAGGCAACUCAUGAGCCUGUUCCAGAAACAACCACAGAGAUUGCACUUGAACCUGCUCUAGAAACUGCUCCUGCCUCUGAGCCUGUUUCAGAAUCUGUUCCUGAGCCUACUCCUGCCUCUGAGCCUGUUCAGGAAACUGUUCCAGCUCCAGAGGUGGUCUCUGAACCUGUUCCAGAAGCAUCUCCUGCUCCAGAAUCUGCCCCUGAACCUGCUCCAGAAUCUGCCCCUGAGCCCGUUCCAGAAGCAUCUCCUGCUCCAGAAUCUGCCCCCGAACCUGUACUAGAAGCAUCUCCUGCUCCAGAAUCUGCCCCUGAUCCUGUUCCAGAAGCAUCUCCUGCUCCAGAAUCUGCCCCUGAGCCCGUUCCAGAAGCAUCUCCUGCUCCAGAAUCUGUCCCUGAUCCUGUUCCAGAAGCAUCUCCUGCUCCAGAAUCUGCCCCUGAGCCCGUUCCAGAAGCAUCUCCUGCUCCAGAAUCUGCCCCUGAUCCUGUUCCAGAAACAGGUCAUGCUCCAGAGUCUGCUCCUGAUCCUGUUCCAGAAGCAUCUCCUGCUCCAGAAUCUGCCCCUGAGCCCGUUCCAGAAGCAUCUCCUGCUCCAGAAUCUGCCCCUGAGCCCGUUCCAGAAGCAUCUCCUGCUCCAGAGUCUGCUCCUGAUCCUGUUCCAGAAGCAUCUCCUGCUCCAGAAUCUGCCCCUGAUCCUGUUCCAGAAACAGGUCAUGCUCCAGAGUCUGCUCCUGAUCCUGUUCCAGAAGCAUCUCCUGCUCCAGAAUCUGCCCCUGAUCCUGUUCCAGAAGCAUCUCCUGCUCCAGAAUCUGCUCCUGAGCCUGUUCCAGAAGCAUGUCCUGCUCCAGAAUCUGCUCCUGAGCCUGUUCCAGAAGCAUCUCCUGCUGCAGAGACCACCCCUGAGCCUGUGGAGGUGUCUGCUGCAACUGAACCUUCUGCUCCUGCUGUAGAGAUUGUCCCAGAGGUCACUCCGUCAGAGAGUGCUCCUGAAGCCUCCCCCACCCCAGAAAGUUCUUCUCCAGAAGCAUCCGUGGAUUCUGUUCCUCCCGAGUCAUCGCCUUUGGACAAAUCCACAGAGACACCUCGAUUUGUUCCGGAUCCCUCCCUUGUGGAUCAUGGACAAGCCCACCCAGAGGAUGCAGACAUGUACAGCACACGCGGCUGAACUGACAGACGGCGGAGGAAGAAAAGGGAGGGAAAUGAUCAAAUGUAAGGCCAGAAUGAUGGGCCUUGAUUAUAUUCCAGAUGUGUGUGGUCAGAUUAUAGAGCAGAUAGGUGACACGUAUUUAUGUUUUACGGAUAAAAAAUGUGAAAUGGGUUAUGGGAUAGGAUUCUCUCU